AUGAGCAAUUUCCUCAUUCUUCUGGUGCUAAAUGCCAUUUUCGCUUCUCAUUGCGUCGACUUCGUAGCUCGAACGCAACGAGGAAUCGCUCUGAUAUCGCUAGCUGAGGACAGCUUUGAAGCUGAAACAACUCUAUUGGUGCCCUCUAUACCAGAGGAGUUGUCAGUACUCCUUGCUGUAGACGCUUCUGGUACUUGCUAUUUCACCCUUCGUAACCAUCUUUACUCGUUAACUACCGACAACAGUACUACCAACGACCUCGGUAGAAUCGGAUAUGGUCUUGAGGAGGCUCCUUCAUCGAUCGCCUUCGACUGGGUCACUAAAAAGGAACAAGCAGUGAGUUCAUCUAAAGAUGUGACCUACUCAUCGUUAACAUUAGAUCUCUCAUCAAGACGAAUCUACUUUGUUAGAACGCAAAGGAAAUCGUCUCAGAUAUGGUACUGUGAGCUGUACCAUCGUGAUUCAUGUGUUCAGCUCUUCGACACGGAUCCCAUACAGUUCUUCACUGUAUAUAAGAUUCUAUUUAUUUCCGCUGUUAGCGGAAUUUAUCAAAUUUCUCUCGAUACCGCUGACUUUACUCCAAAGCAAGUUUUGUUCGAGGGCCUUAAUAAUGACGGAUUCUCUCAUAAAUUCUAUGAUAUCGACUUUGAUCCCGUCGAAAGGAAGAUCUAUUGGAUUGACGCUAGUGUGGGACGGAUUCGCAGGUGUUUUGGGAACGGAUCCUCAGCCGAGGAUGUGCUCUCAAUUCCAAACUCGGUGAGAGUGUUUCGACUCGAUUACCUCGCUAGAAACGUUUACUGGAUCGAUGCAGGUGUCAAUCGACUUUACGUCACUCUUGCGCCGUAUGCAUGGCCUAAUGGCAUUGCUGUUGAUGCGGAGCAUUACCGACUGUACUGGACAGAAGGGAAUUACUCGGUUGUUAGGACUGCGUUCCUCAAUGGAACUGCGCAAGUUGUUAUUGGACCAGCGUCUUUGAAGCUACCGCAGCCAUAUGCCAUCUCAACCCUAGGUCAGGAGCUGUUUUGCAACUCCUUGGCAGGUCGAGCGCUCAUGCGCAUCUCAGCCAACGAAGAGACUGUAGCCCUAACGGCUAGCGUCAUUGAGUCGUCGAUUUAUGGCCCGAUUGGAUUGGUCGCGGUUUCUCUUCACUCCACCGUUUCAAAUGUCAGCAGUUGUGCGCAGUUGGAGUGUAUGCAUCUUUGCGUUGUCAGUAGCCAGGGAAUGCCGAAGUGUUUGUGUUCGACGGGAUUCGAACUGAUGAGUGAUGAGCGGACGUGUCGGAAACCUUCGUCAUACUUUGUCAUGCUUCAAGAAGACGUUGCCGAUAUCUCCAGAGCGUCGUUGGAAAAGCCACUAAAUUUUGACUCACUGGAUAUAUUGAACAUCACUGAGCCGCCAACGACUGCUGAUAUUGAUCAGAGAGGAAAUUACCUCGUUUAUGGAUAUUCGUCUACGACAAACGGAUACAUCAAGCGAGCUUCCUUCACGGGUGCGGUACCAGAAACCGUUGUCAACGAUCCCACUCUACGUAUGCCUCUCAAUGGUGAUAGCGCUGGCGGGACAGAUAUCGUUGGAGAUCUUGCCAUGGUUCGUUCACUGGCGAUAGACUAUCGAAAGGACUUACUGUAUUGGACAGAACUCGAUCACUUUGCCACUCGUAUAUCUGUUUCUAAAUUAAAUGAUUCGAAUCCCUGCACCUACGAGCUCUCCGAUUGUCCGCAGUUAUGUCUGGCCACGUCGCGAAUCGAACGACUUUGUCUUUGCUCAGACCACUUCACGUUCGAUCAAUAUUCGCUUCUUUGUAAAGCGCCCGAUAACAUAAUUGUGGCCGGAAGUGAUGAAGGCUUUGUUGUCAUGAAUCUGCGACGAUUACCUGAUCAGUCGUUGUCAUAUCACGAGACAUCUGUAUUUCCUGAUCGUCACAACUGCUCAAUAUUCCAUUCGCUGGCAAUUGACGAAAAUGGGCGGGCACUCUACGCAUCUUGCCAUUCAAGAGCUGGCAUCGGUUACGUCUAUGUUUUCAGAGUCAGGGAUACGCACGUGGUGCCAUUGGAACUGAUAGGCAAGGUGGUUUCGGGAACCGAGGUCUCAUUAGCAACUGGCCAUGCUCCUGUGCCUCGAGAUAUUACCGUACUUCCUCAAUCCAACUAUCUUUUCUACGUGGAUGUUUCGCCAUUUCUACCAUCGCCGGCUAUAAUUCAAUGUCAACUUGACGGUCGUAAAUGUGAAGCGUGGUUGUCAAAGGAUUUGUGGCCAGGCACUCGAAUCUAUGUUGAUCCUGCUUACCUGCGGCUGUUCUAUACGUGUCCAAGUGGGAUAUGGUCCCGUGAUGUCGGUGUGGUCUCAUCGAAUGUUCGUCAUCACUUUGUCUCAUCGGUAGCCAACGACUACUCGGUAGCUCCUCUGGAUGAAACGGCUAUGCUGGUUGCUCAAAUAUCAUCGAAUAAUUCAACUAUCAUCGAACUGCCGUCAAAUUCUACAGUGGACCUUACCGAGGUCAACCUCCGUGCUGCAGAGAUUCAGUAG